UUCCUUCCUUGCAACCAGAGAGACCAGAGUGUGAUAUGAAUUUCACUCUUCACCACAAAAUUAGGGUUUCCGCUUCAUUCGAGUCUCUUCUUCAUCGUUGAUUCGUUCAAUUCACAAAGAACUGGAACGGAAAAUUCUCUCACAUAUCUCCUUCUUUCAUGGCAACCCCAAAUACCUGUGUUGCCGAAAACCUGGCAGAAGUCCCACCGGAAAACAAACUCGACGGUGGUGCCGAAUUAUCUAAAUCGGUUAACGAACUCGCCGAUUUGUCCAUUGCUAUACAAAAUUUCAAGAGCAAGUACGAUGAAUUGCAGAAGCAUCUCGAAUUCAUCGAACAAGCCAUUGAUGCAAAGACCAAGGAGUUUGAAGUUGCAGGUGUAGCCCUAGGUUCUAGUGCAAUGCAGAACGUGUGCGCAGCCAUCGACAACGGCUCUGUUAAAUCUAACGGUGACAACGGAGUCUCUGUUAAAUCGGACGGUGACGUUAAAUCGGAUUCGAGUCCAAAACCGAAAGAGAAGCCUGAGGGCGAAGAAGAAGAAGAAGAAGAAAAAGAAACCGAGCUUGUUUUGCUUUGUAAAAGUAUGAAUAGCCGUGACCUGCGUAAGUUCAUAGUAACGCAUAUAUCCAAAACGACGAUACUUCGGGAUAAAAUCCCCGUGGCUCUGAAGAGUGCGCCAAAACCGUCGAAACUGGUGUUUGAUUCCAUUGGGAGGUUUUACUUGCAGGGUAGCAAAGCAUACACCAAAGACUCGCCCAUGAUUCGUGGAAGGCUAGCUUCGGUUCUCUCUUUGGAAUUCUAUCUGUUAUCUGGUUGCGUUGAGAGUGAAGCAGAAAUGGACCCUUCACUGAAGGAAGAAGCUGCUUCGGCAGCUAUUUCGUGGAGGAAGAGACUCAUUGUUGAGGGUGGUGUGGCCAACGCCUGCGAAAUUGAUGCCAAGGGUUUGAUUCUUUUCAUUGGUUGCUUUGGGAUACCUGGUGUUUUCAAGAACGAGGAUAUAUCAAACUUGGUUCGUUUGAGCAAUCCUAGAGAAUUCUCGCAUGCCCUUCGCCAGUCUCAGGUCCUUCCUAGGAGGGUUUCAGAUAUUGCAGAGGGAAUGAUGAAAAAGGGCAUGGUUGUUGAAGCUCUUGACUUGGCUUAUACCUUCGGUUUUGAAGAGAAAUUUUCUCCUAAGACUACACUGAAUUCAUUUCUACAGAAGUCUGAAGAAGCUUGGAAGAAAGCCAAAGAAGAAGCACGUGAUUUAUCUAGUAUGCUGAAGGAAGCAAAUAAAAAUUAUUUGGCUGCUUUGAAAUCUGUAGUCAACUGUUUGUAUGGUCACAAGAUUGACUUUGUAAAAUUUCUUCCUCGGUGGCAACUUAAGGAUACGAUUAUCAUGUUGGAGAAAGAUAUUAAGGCAGCCAACAAAAAAGUUGGAGAGUUAGUGCCUAAGAGAAAAGUAGAGAAAAACAAUUCCUCAAACAAAGUGACGAUUCCAGAGGCAAAACGAACAAGGUUCACAGAGGCAAAACAAACAAGGUUCGGUAUGAAAGAUCCAUCUGUGGCAUCACCUUCAGUUGUUACCUUGCACGAGCAAAGGAUUGCUAGUCAUAUGGAUGGCUAUAGUCCAUAUGAUGGUUCAUUGGCGGCGCAUUUGCCGGAUGCUAGAUCCUAUGGCUACCCAAAUAAUUAUCCCACUGCAUCAUCUGCACAAAUUGGAUUUGUUUCAAGGUCUUUGUCAGAAAGUUAUCUUGGAAGUACGGUGACAAGUGGGGGUAAUAUGCUUGGAGGAGCUGUAGCUGGUCCUGCUAUGUCACCUGGAAUAGGUAUCCCAACUGGUUCAUAUUCCGGGUAUCAGGGGGAUAUGAUAAAAGACAAUGUUGGGACAAUGCUGAAUAGCAACACUCAUCCGUAUAGAUGGCAUGGAAUGGGAGAAGGGGCGUUAUCUAAUGAUAGGUCAGUUGGGCAGAGUUUUGUGGGACAACCUUCAUCAGCACGAGUAAGUAAUUUAUAUGGAAAAACAUCUACAGAAGGUUUUACAGGUUUGCAGGAUCAUCUCUCUAUUGGUGUUGCUAGUCGCAGUGCAGGUUCUGAUUUGUAUGGCUUUGCCGAUGCUGUAUUCGAUACGUAGUCAUUCCGGGACAGUAAUUAUUCUCCAAAUUACUUUUGUAUUUUGAUCAGCUGGAAUCAAAUGUCAUCCUCUACAAAUUUUUACCUGCCCUUGGAAAACAAGAUACAGAUUUGUACAAUGUUAAAUUUCAUUUCUCAUAGUAUGAUCCAACUUGGGAGUUAUUUUUUUUUUUUAUAUAUGUUUACAGGAAUAGCCAUAGGAUUGACAUGCA